AGGCAGCGUGACAGCCAAUUAUUCAUAACAAACCCCGCAUCCAACCUUCAAAAAUCCUCAACGAAGGGCUGUGAUUCACCUUCACCUUUAAAUCUUCUCGCCUCUCCUCUCUGACGUGGACUGCUGCCGGCAGUAAUUAUGGCAAAACCUUAUUUGACGUAUUCAAUAUAAAUACAACUUUUCACACGCACGCUGAGGCAUCCAUCACUUGCCGCUUACGUUCAGUGAGCUGCUCUUGCUGCUGCUUCUUCUUUAUUUUUGAGAGAGAGAGAGAGAGAGAGAGAAACAGACGGACUGACAGACAGAGAGAUGGAGAAAUUCUCAGGAUUGAGCCACCUCUUCAUGACGGUGUUUCUCCACCACUUCUCGACGUUCAUGGUGAUUCCAGCGAUCACCGAUGUCACCAUGGCCGCUCUCUGUCCCGGAGAAGACGAGUGCUCGCUCGCUAUCUACCUCACCGGAAUUCAACAAGCGAUAAUAGGGUUGGGAACGCUGCUGAUGAUGCCUCUCAUAGGAAAUCUCUCAGACACUUACGGGAGAAAAGCCUUGCUGACUGUGCCCAUGAGCCUCACCAUCAUUCCACUCGCCAUUUUAGCCUACGACAGGACCAAGUAUUACUUCUAUGCUUACUAUGUGCUAAGGACUCUCACCGCCAUGGUCUGUGAAGGGAGUGUGCUCUGCCUUGCUCUUGCUUAUGUGGCGGAUAACAUUCCAGAGAAUCGACGGGCAUCGGUGUUCGGAAUGCUAUCCGGUGUCAACUCCUCCGCCUUCGUCUGCGGAAACCUCUCCGCUCGCUUCCUCUCCUCUGCUUCCACUUUCCAGGUUUCUGCAUUAGGAACUGUGAUUUCAGCAGUGUACAUGAGAGUCUUCCUCCCGGAGUCGAUGGCGGAUGCUGCCAAGGAAGCAGAAGCAGAGGCUAGCCUUUUAGAGAAAGAUACCACAGGGAAUAGUGGUGGCAUGUUCAAGACAAUGCCGUCCUUCCGUGACACUAUGUCCUUGUUGAGGAGCAGCGUGACAUUGUCACAAGCAGCUAUCAUUGCCUUCUUUCUCAGUCUUGCAGAUGCUGGCUUUACUUCUUCACUAAUGUACUAUUUGAAGGCCACAUUUCACUUUAAGAAAGAUCAGUUUGCCGAUAUAAUAGUACUCUCAGGGAUUGCCGGGACUGUAUCUCAGAUGCUUAUCAUGCCCGUGUUGGCUCCUGUCAUAGGAGAAGUUAAGCUGCUUUCAGUUGGGCUCUUUUUCAGUGGUGUACAUAUGUUUCUGUACAGCGUUGCAUGGUCCUCCUGGGUUCCUUACGCUGCUGCCAUGUUCUCUGUUUUAGGUGUAGUUGCACAGCCUUCUUUAAGAAGCAUUGCAUCCAAACAAGUUGGGCCCAAUGAGCAGGGGAAAGCCCAAGGAUGCAUUUCAGGCCUAUCUUCCUUUGCCAAUGUUCUUUCUCCCUUGGUUUUUAGUCCUCUGACAGCUUUGUUCCUUUCUACUAGUGCACCAUUUCAUUUCCCUGGCUUCAGUAUUGCCUGUGCUGGAUUUGCCAUGGUGAUAGCGCUGGUUCAGAGCUUAAUGAUAAGGUCAGCUCCUCCGGUUUCAAACUCCAAAUCUGGCAAUUGCAACUGCAUGGAGCCUUGACUUCUGCUAAUGAAGAGUAGAUUCAUCCUUCAUCUGCUCAAAUCAGAAGCCUUUUCCUUGUUGGCAUUGCAUAUUUGUGUCGAUCGGUGCAAACUUCUUAGUUAUUCAAGCCUCUUGUUCAUAAGAAAUACUUAAAUGCAGUUAGUUUUUCAAGUUUGUUCAACCCGCCGACACGCCAAAGUUCCCCAAUUUCAGGAGUACACUGAGCAUGAAAAAGCGCCCGAUGAUGGUAGCAUAGGAUGCAGUCUGUUGGCAUUUAACAAAUUAUAAGAUGCCUGUAUUUUUUUAUCACUGGGACUAUGAAUACCUGUUGUAUUCCGUAAUCUAGAACCUGUCGGUAUUAGUAAUUAGCUGUAAUUUUUUAUUUUCCUUUUUGUUCUGAUUCAA